GCGCUCGGCCCCCGCCGCCCGCGCAUGAGCCCCGGCCCCGGGGAGAAGGAGGCCCCCGAGGUGCCGCUGCCCGUCGCGAGUGGGGGCGCCCACGCGGCGCGCCCCGGGCAGCCAGGCGGAGAAGCCCGGCCCUGCAGCCGCGAGUGGAGAAGGGUGUUUUUUUUAUUAUUAUUACUAUUAUUUUUUUGCAUUUUAUUUUAUUGAUCGUUUCCUCCGAAGCAUGGAUACGUUUCUUCUCGCGUGGGGAUUUCUAGGGCUCUGCUUGCCCGGCUCCGGAGACGCGGGGGACGCAGCUCAGCCGUGCGGCGGCCGCCUCAACUCCAAGGACGCCGGGUACAUCACCUCGCCGGGCUACCCCCAGGACUACCCCUCCCACCAGAACUGCGAGUGGGUCAUCUACGCCCCCGAGCCCAACCAGAAGAUCAUCCUCAACUUCAACCCGCACUUUGAGAUCGAGAAGCACGACUGCAAGUACGACUUCAUCGAGAUCCGGGACGGGGACAGCGAAGCGGCAGACCUGCUGGGCAAGCACUGCGGGAACAUAGCACCUCCUACCAUCAUCUCCUCUGGCUCCUCUCUCUACAUCAAGUUCACGUCGGACUACGCCAGGCAGGGCGCCGGCUUCUCCCUGCGCUACGAGAUCUACAAGACAGGCUCCGAGGACUGCUCCAGGAACUUCACGGGCUCCAACGGCACGAUCGAGUCCCCGGGCUUCCCCGACAAGUACCCGCACAACCUGGACUGCGUGUUCACCAUCAUCGCCAAGCCGAAGACGGAGAUCCUCCUCCACUUCCUCAUCUUCGACCUGGAGCACGACCCGCUGCAGGCCGGGGAGGGUGACUGCAAGUACGACUGGCUGGACAUCUGGGACGGCAUCCCGCAAGUCGGCCCCUUGAUCGGCAGGUACUGCGGCACCAAGAUGCCGUCGGACAUCCGCUCCACCACGGGCGUCCUCUCGCUGACUUUCCACACGGACCUGGCGGUGGCCAAGGACGGCUUCUCCGCGCAUUACGACCUGGUCCAGCAGGAAGUGCCGGAAAACUUCCAGUGCAACGCGCCGCUGGGGAUGGAGUCUGGCCGCAUCUCCAACGCGCAGAUCAGCGCCUCCUCCACCUACUCAGACGGGCGGUGGACGCCGCAGCAGAGCCGGCUCAACAGCGACGACAACGGCUGGACCCCCAAUGUGGACAGCAACAAAGAGUACCUCCAGGUGGACCUCCACUUCCUGACGGUGCUUACGGCCAUCGCUACGCAGGGAGCCGUCUCCAGAGAAACGCAGAAUGGCUACUACGUCCGCACCUACAAGCUGGAGGUCAGCACCAACGGGGAGGACUGGAUGAUGUACCGGCAUGGCAAAAACCACAAGACGUUCCAGGCGAACGAGGACGCCACGGAAGUGGUGCUCAACAAGAUCCACAGCCCGGUGCUCACCCGCUUCGUGCGCAUCCGUCCCCAGAGCUGGCACAACGGCAUCGCCCUGCGGCUGGAGCUGUACGGCUGCCGCAUCACCGAUUCGCCCUGCUCCAACUUGCUGGGGAUGCUUUCCGGCCUCGUCCCCGACACGCAGAUCUCGGCCUCGUCCGUCAGGGGCUACGACUGGUCCCCCAGCAUGGCCCGCCUGGUGAGCAGCCGCUCGGGCUGGUUCCCACGCGUCCCCCAAGCCCAGCCCGGUGAGGAGUGGCUGCAGGUGGACCUGGGCGUCCCGAAGAACGUCAGGGGCGUCAUCAUCCAGGGCGCUCGUGGAGGCGACAGCGUGACCGCCACUGAGUCGCGCUCCUUUGUGAAGAAGUUCAAGGUGGCCUACAGCAUGAACGGAAAGGACUGGGACUUCAUCCAGGACCCCAAAACGAUGCAAGCCAAGGUUUUUGAGGGCAACAUCCACUACGACAUCCCCGAAGCGCGGCGCUUCGAGCCCGUGCCCGCGCAGUACGUCCGUGUGCACCCGGAGAGGUGGUCCCCCGCGGGAAUUGGGAUGCGCCUGGAGGUGCUGGGCUGCGACUGGACAGACGUGAAGCCCACUGCAGAGACACUGGUGCCCACUCUGAAUAGCGACCUGACCACCACACCGUACCCGACGGAGGAAGAGGCAACGGAGUGUGGCGAUAGCUGUGGAGAAGAGGAGGAUUUCCACCUGCCCGCAAACUUCAACUGCAAUUUUGAUCUCCCUGAGGACCUCUGUGGUUGGUCACAUGACUUGGAAACUGGUUAUACAUGGUCUUUUCAGCCUACAAGCACCUGGAUUGGCAACGCAGAACCAAGCCCCGAGUCCGUGCCUGGCGGCAGGAGCCACCUGCAGCUGCGGAGCAGCGGGAGGCGGGAGGCCCGGCGCGCCCGGCUCGUCAGCCCCGCCGUCCGCCUGCCCCGCAGCGCCGCCUGCAUGGUCUUCCGCUACCAGGCGCGGGGCGGCGGCGGCGGCGGGGCGGCGCUGCGCGUGUGGCGGGAGGCCAGCCGGGAGAGCACGGCGCUGUGGGUCGUCGCCGAGGACCAGGGCGACGAGUGGCGCGAGGGCCGCAUCAUCCUGCCCAGCUACGAGGAGGAGUACCGGAUCGUGUUCGAGGGGUUCCUCCGCGGCGGCCACCCGGGAGCGCUCGCCCUCGACGACGUCCGCCUGGGCACGGACAUCCCCCUGGAGAGCUGCAUGGAGCCCAUCACAGCCUUCCCAGUGAACUUCCCGAGAAUGGAGGAUGACUUUCCCAUCCCCGAGCAAGGCUUUGAAGACGACGACGAUCAUGAUUACUUUGGAUCGGAUAGGAACGACACACUGUUCUCUACUAACUCUCCAGGAACUCCGAAGCUGGACAAAGAAAAGAACUGGCUCUACACCCUGGAUCCCAUCCUGGUCACCAUCAUAGCGAUGAGCUCCCUCGGCGUCCUCCUAGGGGCCAUCUGUGCCGGGCUGCUGCUCUACUGCACCUGCUCCUACACCGGCCUGUCCUCGCGCAGCUCCACCACCCUGGAGAACUACAACUUCGAGCUCUACGACGGCAUCAAGCACAAGGUCAAAAUGAACCACCAGAAGUGCUGCUCGGAGGCCUGACGGGCCACCUCGGGAUCUCCCUCAACACUGCGGUCCGGUGAGGUGGGCUGGUGGGGAUGACUUUUUAUUUUUGCUGUUUUCUACGGGAACUGAACGCCAUACUCUCAAGCGACCCGACCGGGAGCAGCGAGGGUGCGGGGAGGCGCUGCUCCCGCCACCGGCCACGACCGCGAGGCCCCGGCCGGCAGGUCGAGGUCGGCGAGGACCGGAGGGGCGUUUUCACGACCCGGACUGUGCAGGGCGAGGCGGGGAGCCGAGACCCUUGUUUGUUGGUUCGUCUUCAUUUUCUGCUGACGUGAGCGGCUGAGCCGUGGCGCGGGAGGAUGGUUUACCUUUUGGAUGUGAGAAACUAGGUGUUGGUUGUUAUUUCCCACUUCCUUUCUCUGAUAAGUUGCUGAGAAAGCUGAGGGAUUUCUUCAGCUGUCCUGUCCUUAGAAAUGACACACACACACACACGCACAUACACACAUGCACCCAGACCCUGUCCAUUCUAGACCCCCCCAUCCAGACAUUGUUUUGUUGGCUGCAGGGAUUUGUGUGCAUCAUGCUAAACCCAGGAAGCUGCAGUUUCUGGUCCUGAAGGUGGGAGCAGGUUGUUGCCUUUGGCCUUCCCGCUCCUGGCAGGGGGAAAGACACGAUGCAGGUUUUAGUGUCGAUGGCAACAACAGCGCUUUCCGGAGUCAUGAAGAAACAAAAUGGAAAGGAAACCCUAUGUGUAGAAGCACCUCUUUGAGAGAAGCUGAAGAGCCUUAAAGUGAUUUGUGAAUAAGAGCCAUUUAUUAAAUCCAGAUCUUGGAUUGAAACAGCUGAGGCCUUCAUCAGGAAGGCCUUUCUGCGACUCUCCUCACCCCUCUUGAUCCUGCCCUUCUUUCCUUUUUUUCUCUUUUCCUUUUUUUUUUUUUUUUUGGUAUAAGGAUAAAAUUGCAGCAAACGAAAGACACGGUCCAUGCGGUUCCCAGUGCCGAGGCUUUUGGAAAGGGGGGGCUUCCCUAGGCGUUGACCUUGAGGCACAGGGCGGAGGCCUCAGGAGCGGAGGGGUGGGAAAGCGGGCCGCGGCGGGACCCUGGGCCCCCUGCGCGCCGGCCGGGGCCGCGCACCGGCUCCGCGGUGCUCCCCGCUCCUCGCAGCUGCAGGCUCCUGCGGCGCCGGCACCGUCUCCCCUCCAGAGCAAAGCUACGCUGCUUCGGAUCAGUAGCAAAAACCUGUAAUCCGAUUUAUGAGCUACGUUUUUUUGUUGUUGUUUUUUACUUUGAACAAGUGCCUUAGAAGUAUUUUUCCUCCAUCCGAUGUAUGAUCAGUGCUGUAUCAGACAAGAAGCGAGGCCUUCAUCCUUCCCCGGCGCUCUGCUGGUCUUCACUGGAUCUCUACCGCGUAGAGCCUCGCCGAAGGUGUCUUAGCCUUCUACUUCCGAGUGGCCUGGCUGUGCUGUCCCGCAGCCGGUGCCUCUCCACCCAGGAGCGCGAGGAAGACAGCUUAAUGGAGAAAAAGCAUUCAGACGCUGGGCCCCAAACCAAUGCCUUCAUUUCCGAUUUAGUACAGGUGGAUCGUCCAAAGCAGCUUGCACGUAUAUAAGAAGUGAGAACUUUUCCAGCACGUUGGGUUUGGUGGUUUUUUUUCUUUUUUUUACGAGGCUCUUUGGAAGUACCUGAAAUAUCCUGAUUUUACUUUAGCAAACUCUUUUGGGUUUGGGAUUGAAGGGUUUGGGCUUUUUUUCUUCCCCGCCACUUGCUAACUGUGGAGCGCCGAAGGUGCAACGGGACGCGACGUCCAGUUUGCACAGUCGCUGCAGCACGUCCUCCGGGAGGGCAGGAGUCUGGGGAGAUGGGGAACAUCUGGAGAGGAGCAGAGCGGGGGCAGUGCCACAGCUGUUCGUCAGGGAACAGGAGCAGCGUUCGUCAUGAAAAGCUCCAUCAGGCAGCAAGCUUUUAGGGGGGAAAAAAAAAAAAAACACCCUUACCCACCCUAAGGACCGUGCCCGUGUUACUGCUGAAGCAGCUGUGUCAUCAGAGCAUCUCCAUUUCCUACACGCGUAAGCAUUAUUUUCUCGAUUCACACCGUGUGCCCGGGAGAAGCGGCCGUGACGGUGUCUCCGCUCCCCCGUUCGCACCCCCGGUUCCUGCUGGCGUGCCUCCCGUACCAGCCCCGCGCAACGGGGGACGCGCCAGACCGUCCCGAAGCUGGACUGCUGCUGCUCCAUGAGCCUACCCCCUCCGACCGCGCGGGAGGGGAAGGGCGAGCGGAAAAGGACCAUGCCGUAGAAGUCGACUUAGGCAAACAGUAGGUGAAAGUGUGUAAUUAAAAAGGUAACGUUACGGUGUCUAGUAGGCGUGCAGAGAGCGGGGUUCGUGUAUACGUGUCUCCAGAAGUAGUGUGUUUGCGCACGCGCGUGCAUCGCUGUCCGUCUUGUGUCUGUGACUCGUCCCGUGGGACUGACUCGUGUUUCGUGUACCUUUUGACCCGGGGCAGGAGUGCACCGCUGAUCUUGGCGCUGCCGCGGCGCGGCUUGCCCGGUCCCCGCUGCUUAGUACAGGGACCACGCGCGUGCACUCACCGGGCAGGAGCAGGCCGAAAAUGCUGCAAAGCCGAUACCUCACUUACCUCUGCUGGGUGCUUUACUGUUCUACUACGGAAAACUGUGCUCGAUUGUAACCUUAACAGGGAGAAAAAAACAAAACAGAAAAAAGCAAAAAAAAAAAAAAAAAACCCAAGAAGUCAGUGCAUUCAAUUCAUUGCAUCCUCUUCUGCAACUGUGUUAGGUUUUGCUGGUCGCAAUUCCCUUUGUGAAAUUCAGAAAAAAAAAUCAAAAAAAAAAAAAAAAAAAAAAAAAGGCGGUCAGUGUGAAUGCCGUGGCUGAAACGCGGUGCGGCCUCCUCACGGCGGUGAGGGCGAGGACGCCUUGCCCAGAGGCAGGCUGCGACGGUGAGUGAUUCCGUUUGGUGGGAAGGUGCCGGUGGGGGGGGGGAGAGAGAGCAUGGGAAUGAAACCGUUAAGGAAUUAUAUGCAGAAACGGAACUUCUCCAAGGUUUGCAGUUCAAGGCGUUUGACCGUUCACUGGCAGAGCCAGGACUUAUGGACUUACAGAGCUUUUACUGUGAUUCUUCAGUGUAUAAAAAAAAACAAAAAACAAAAAACAAAAUGAAACAAAACAAAAAAAAAUCAAACUGUGUUUAUAUGAUUUGUAUAAAAAAAAAACUUUUAAAAUUACUAUUUAAUAAACAUUAUG